AUGGCCGUUUCUCAGACAGCCUCUCUCAUCAUUAUGGACACGGUGUGUUUAAUCCUUGUACUCACAUCCCUGAUCGGCAACACGCUCGUCAUUCUAACUGUCCUUCUGAACAAACCCAUGCAAACCACACUCAACUACUUACUGGUGAACCUCGCCGUGGCCGACAUGGUGUUCGCUUUGCCCACUGGUCUCAAGAAAGGACUUUUUCAAUACCUAACCCACCCAGAGGGAGAGGCAGGACGCUGGUUGUGCGUUUGGUUUACACACGGAGACAUCGCCUGGUUUGGUGCUGCUGCCUCCAUUUUGUUUUUGGUUUACAUCGCCAUUGAACGUUACUUAGCCAUAAUCCAUCCCCUUCGUCAUCGAGGAAAGUUUACCAAAGGGCGUCUGAAAUUACUAAUUGGCAUUGCAUGGUUUGUCUCCAUUGUGAUCAACAUGGUUGACCUAUUGGAGGUCAAGUACUAUUAUUUCGAUUCCGGCUCGUGCAAGAGGUAUGAUAACUUUCGCACCAUAGACGAAAGAUUCUUCAAAGCGCACAGCCUCAUUUGGAUGCUUUUCGCAGGCGUGGUUCCCGUGUGCAUUAUGGUAUGCCUGUACUCCAGAGUAGCGUAUCGCCUGUGGGUCAAGCCAGUUGAGAGUGCACAUUUGAAAGCUUCUCAGACGGCUCUUCUUCGCCAUCGCAAACAAGUGACUGUGUCGCUGCUGGUGGUCAGCGCGAUCUACGCAUUCUGUUGGAUUCCGGCCCUAAUAAGUCACGUCACAAUGGUCUGGGGCGUGGGUGUACCGUGGUUCAAUGACGCAGGAGAGGUCCUGAUUGUGCUCAACUCGUGCGUUAAUCCUGGAGUGUACAGUUUGCGCAUUAAGAGUUUUCGAGAACAUCUGCGUAACGUGAUACUGUGCAGGAAAAGACGAAAAAUCAGGGCGCCGUCUGGUUUAACGGUGCCAGGGAUUGCAAGUGUAGUGUGCAAACCGUCUGCAGAGUAG